CAAUUUCAUGUAUUUCCCACUCCGCUUAGCUCUUUCACAGUAACAAUUUGCAUACAUUGAGUUCUAACAUGUUCGUCUGAAUUUGAUUUGUGAGGGAUCAAUCAGUCGGAAAAUGGGGGUUUCAUUUAAGGUCUCCAAAACCGGUAAGAGGUUCCACCCCAGACCGCUCGAGUUAGACGCCCCCGUCGGAGGAGGAGGAGGAGAAGACACCAUAAUUUCAUCCUCAAUUCAGAAGAGCGAUCCCAAUUUCACUACCACCCGAAAUCUCACGGUCGAGGCUGAUAAGAAUGGUGGUGUUACUGAAAUCUCUGAUAAUGAUGUGUCAUUCACCCUUAGCCUAUUCCCAGACGGAUAUUUAAUGGGGAAGCCGGUGGAGAAUGACCAGAGUCAUCAGACUCCUGUUGAUGUUCCAAAGUUAUUGCACCCAUACGAUAGAGCAUCCGAAACUCUAUUCUUGGCAAUUGAGUCCGGGCGACUGCCUGGAGACAUUCUGGAUGAUCUACCAUGCAAGUACAUUGAAGGGACACUUGUCUGUGAGGUGCGAGAUUACCGGAAUUGCUCUUCUGAAAAAAGGAUUCAUGUGCCUUCUGGGGAUGCUUCACCUAGUGUCCUUAGAGUGCGUCUUAGAAUGUCUUUGGAAAAUGUAGUAAAGGAUAUUCCAUCUAUUUCCGACGAUAGUUGGACAUAUGGAGAUCUGAUGGAAGUGGAGGCCCGGAUUUUGAAAGCUGUACAACCACAACUUUGCCUGGAUCCAAGUCCAAAGCUGGAUAGACUCAGUGACAACCCAGUUCCUGCUAAGUUAAAUUUGGCAGUGCACAGCAUGAGGAGAAAAAGAUUGAGGCAGAUUCAUGAAGCUACCAUCUCAUCGAAUAAUAAAAUCCAUGGGAAAAGGGUAUGCCUAGAUAAAGUUCCCGAAAGUUCAAGGUUGGGUGACUGGCGACCCUUAAUGCAGCAGUCUGUCCAAGAGAAUUUGAACACUCAAAAUAAUGUUCCAAGUGCAAUGCUUCCUCUAAGGACCAACAGCUUUGGGUCAGAUGUCUCUGUUUCAGCAUCUUCUCUGGUAUCCCCCCAGUCAAAAUUUCAAAUGGGGGUUGGGAGCCCAAGCCUUCUGCAGGAUAAUCGGCCUGGAGCUCAAUUGAAUGCAUCAAUUGCUUCACCAGCUGGGCAGGAUAUGAUAUCACUCACUGAUAAUGGCGCUUCUUGUGUUCAUUGCAAGAGAGAAAACCAAGAUGGGCAACUAUCUCCACUUUUAAGCAAGAGGGGUAGGCUUAUGGCUACAGGUGUUGAUGGUAGUCAAAAUGUAGCACAACAAAUGGACAGCUUCAACGGACCAGAUUCACACUGGAAGAAUACAUUAAUGCAGCAGCAAUCUGUUGCAAGAGGGAUUCAGUAUGCUAAUAAUCCUAUGAAAAAGUUCUCACAGCAGGUGUUUGAAGGAGGUCUAAAUCAGGAUAUUGGGACAAUGCCGUUUACCGCUGGACAGCAAGGAAUGAGAUAUGGGUUAAAGGAAGAACCAAUUGAGACAGAGAGAUUGGACAAAACAGAUCUCUGUCGAAUUCAUAUGGCAGAAUCAGGAAUAGCCCAUAUUGAUUCCUCACAGUCACGAUUACAGCAAAGAAUGCCACAGCAAUUCGGGAGAGCUGGUUUCCUCCAGCCUCCAUGGAAUAGUCUUGGUCAGCCUCUUGAUAAUAAUUCUAGAAAGGAGGAUUUCCACAAGAGAAAACUAGUUCAAAGUCCUCGUGUAUCUGCUGGAGGUUUACCUCAAUCUCCCUUGUCAUCAAAAUCUGGAGAAUUCUCCAGCAGUUCAAUAGGACCUCAAUUUGGAGGUGGUGUGACUAGUGGACUUGUCUCAUCCCAAAAGGAGAAGUCUGCAGUGACUUCAGUUCCUCCCAUUGGUGUUGGUGGCACCGUGCCUUUGACUUCCAGUGCGAAUGAGGCAAUGCAACGGCAAAACCAGGCACAAGCUGCUGCAAAACGUAGAUCCAAUUCUCUCCAAAGAACCGCUGCAAUUAGUGGAGUUGGUUCUCCUGCUAGUGUUAGUAAUAUGAAUUCUAUGAUAAAUGCAAACAGUCCUGUUGGAGCUCAAUUGGCGGACCAAGCCAUGCUAGAAAGAUUCUCGAAUAUUGAAAUGGUGACUUCGAGGUAUCAACUUAACAGCAAAAAGAACAAGGUUGAUCAGUAUCCUAUCGGGAAACCAAAUACGUUUUCUGCUCAACAGCUGCUGCUUCAUCUUUCCAGUGAUUCAAACAAUGAGAAUUUGAAAGAUGAAACACGUAAAAUGCCAUUAUCAAGGUCCCUUGUAGGUGGGAGCAUGAAUGUUCCCAAGACAAGGAUCUUAAACUUUGUUCAGACGGAGCGUGUUCUUCAAGGUAAUGGUUAUCAACUCAUUCCAAAAGCACGGACUAGGAUGAUCAUGUCAGAGAAGUCAAAUGAUGGUUCUGUGGCAAUUCAUAUUGGAGAAAUAGAGUAUGCUGACUAUUUGGCUACAGAGGAUUACCUUCCAACAUUGCCAAAUACUGUGAGUAUGUCUAUUUGCUUGUUUAUUGUGGUUCACAGAACAGAUUGUGUUCCAGACAAUUUAUUUGUUUCAUCAUAUGUUAACAUAUUGCACCCAGGAUCUGCUGGUCUUUCAAUGCUGUGCCCUUCUAUGAAUCAAGCUAAUAACAAUCAGAUGCAGCGCACACCUAUGGGGGCGAUGGGUCCACCAAAGUUGAUGCCAGGGAUGAAUCCAUACAUGAACCCGCAGCAGCUUCAACAACAGCAACAGCAGCAGCAGCAGCAACAGCAACAGCAGCAAAACCAUCAAUUACAGCAGCAGCAGGAAUCGACAUCUCCUCUGCAGACUGUUCUUUCACCUCCACAGGUAGGUUCGUCAUCAAGCAUGGGAAUUCCCCAUCAAAUGAAUCAGCUGCAGCAACAGGCCGGCCCCCAACAAAUGAGCCAGAGAACUCCAAUGAGCCCACAACUUAGUUCGGGGGCCAUACAUCCAACGAGUGCAGGUAACGUGGAAGCUUGUCCAGCAAGUCCUCAGUUGAGCUCACACACCAUGGGUUCAGUUGGUAGUAUCACCAAUUCUUCCAUGGAGUUGCACGGUGUCAAUAAAAAUAACUCCUUUGUUGGAUGGAGUUUAGAUCAACAAGGUAACUGAUAUAUACUGGAAAUAAAGUAUUUGGACGGAGGUCUCAGAGAAUGAACGAAAUGGAUUUAUUUCCUUGCACACACUGGUUGCCAAAUAAUUCAAACAUGAAAGUCUGUUCUUGGUGUAAGUACACAAUAUUUUUCUUUUAACAUAAGGCUGGUGGGUGAUAUGCCCGUGUUUAGAGUAUUGUUUUAGUGCAAAGACAGCCAUCUUUUCAUGUUUGUAUUGGGAUGUAUAAUUACUGCUAUCUGAACUUGCUUGUUUAUGAAUGUUCAAUUAGUUUUCCAAUA